AUGAUAAUGGAUCAGGUGGCUCUCGUCGAUGUUGGCCAUCAACGAGUCCUUUGUAUUCUGGGGUCGCUGGUUGAUCCAGGAUGCACCCGAUAUGUAUUCUCCUCAUACCGAAAAUCUAACAUUGUAAAGAUAUUUUCUUUCUUUCUUUCUUUCUUUCUUUCUUUCUUUCUUUCUUUCUUUCUCUCUCUCUCUCUCUCUUACUUGACUCUCUCUCUUUCUUUCUCCCACUCUUGGAUCUCGCUCCCCCGCUCUUGGCUCUCUCUCUCUCUCUCUCUCUCUCUCUCUCUCACGAUCUAUCUAUCUAUCUAUCUAUCUAUCUAUCUAUCUAUCUAUCUAUCUAUCUAUCUAUCUAUCGAGAAAAUGCAUGACAAAGACAAAACCCAUCACGGUUGUCAUACAUUUUUCUCAAAAUUGUUCUUGAUAUAUAAAAACAUCUAUCUAUCUAUCUAUCUAUCUAUCUAUCUAUCUAUCUAUCUAUCUAUCUAUCUAUCUAUCACACACACACAUAUAUACACACAUACACACACAUAUUCCUUCUUUCUUUUUUUGUUUAUUUGCUUUCUCGCUUGCUUUCUCUUUCGUUCUUUCUUUCUCUUUGUUCAUUUUUAUCCCUUCUCUCUCUCACACACCUUCUAUCUAUCUAUCUAUCUAUCUAUCUAUCUAUCUAUCUAUCUAUCUAUCUAUCUACCCAGCUAA